AGAAGAGCUUUUCUACGCAUACGACGUGUCGGUGAAGUGGGGAGGAGCUUGGGUCAAUACCGUUUCCAGACGUCAGAAUUGGAUUAAAACCUUGACACUAUCACACAACAUGUGCACUUUACGUUAUUUUUAAUGCUUCUUUUUACUAUUUAUACCAUGAGCAAUUAAUUCUCAUAUAUUUGUUUAUUUCGAUGGUGUUUGAUUUAACUAAUACGGAGUUUACCUUGUGAAAUAGUUCUAAAAUAAAACGAUAUGAAAACGCGAUAGAUACUGUUUAAAAUAAUAAAAGAAUUUCCAUUCAAAUUAAGAAUUGUAAUACCUGAAAAUGUCGUUAUUGGAGUCGUUAAUUAUAGUUUCGGAAAAAGCAGCCAAUAUAUCAAGACUUUGUCGUCAAGAAGAAAAACUUUUUGAGCUGCUUGUACAGGAAAAAAGUGAAUCAGAAGCAAAUCCUCGUUUCGUUCGGGAUUUUAAGACGUUAGCAGACGUACUCAUUCAAGAAACAGUAAAGUAUGACAUCGGUAAAAAAUUCCCAAAAAUAAAAGAUGAUAUACGAGGGGAAGAAAACAAUACAUUUGAAAAUGCAUUAGGCGAAAAGGUGAGCGUACAAAUUUCGGAAAAUCCAGAAGAAACAAAACUAAUGCUACAAAAAGUACUCGAUGGAAACAUUGAAGCAGCAGAAAUGCUAACUAACGAAGUGUAUGCAGAAAUAGCCUUAAAAGAAAUUAAUACCAUCUUCCCAAAAGAAAACAUCAGUUUUGAUUGUUCUACAUUAGGAAUAUGGAUUGAUCCCAUAGAUUCGACGUCAGAAUAUAUUACUGGUAAAGAAGAGAGACAUGAGUGUGGAAUUUAUACAAAAGGAUUGAGAUGCGUGACUGUUCUUAUUGGCGUUUAUUCGAAAACCACUGGAAUUCCAGUUGUAGGUGUUAUAAAUCAGCCUUUUCACCAAAAUACUAACUUAAGGUGGUCAGGAAGAUGUCUUUGGGGAGUUGCUACCACACGAAUGAAUUCAUUUCCUCCCUCUAUAAAUAGUACUUUGACAAAUGUAGUUUGCAUAAGCAGCAGUGAAGACGAAAAUAUUAAAAAGAAACUGUUUAAGAACAACUUUUCAACAAUAGAAGCAGCCGGAGCUGGUUACAAACUUCUUGUGGUCAUCCUGGGUUUAGUGGAUGCUUACGUAUUAUCAAAGGGUACGACAUUUAUGUGGGACACGUGCGGUUGCCAAGCUAUCCUAAUGUCUCUCGGAGGAGAUAUUGUACAAUGCUGUGGAAACCAAUCUUCAAUCGUUUAUAAAAAUAUUGAAUCCGGAGAUAAUAAAAUAGAAGUGUGUUGUCAUUCUAACGGAAUUAUUGCUGCUAGAAAUGUGGAAGUUUUAUCGAAAUUGAAAGAAAUUCUUCAAAGUGAUUGAUUUCUUUUUUAAUUUUAAAAUAAGUUCCAGUUAUCGAUGGUAUCAGUACUGAAAUCAAUAGUCAUAAACUGAAGAGAGUUGAUAGCUGAAACAACGUAAUAGUCAAUUUUUUGUUGUAUUUAAGUAAUAUGUACUACUUAAAUCACGUCGUUAUUAAUAAUUGUAAUUUAAAUUUUUAUAUUCCAUAAAAUAUUAAAUUGUAAACAUUGUAAUUUAGUUCAUGUGUUCAUGAUCACCCGGAGUAUGAAUUGAAUAGAGAAAAAAACUCUGAACUUAGUUCUGAUGAAUUUAUUUGCAAAAAAAAUUCUAUUAUAAUUUAGUCGUAAGUUUAAUUCUUAAAAACUAAUUUUACUCAUAGGCAUAACUUUACCUCUGUAAUUUAUUUUACACUAUGUGCAAUCAUUAAUGUAAAAUUAAUCUGAGCUAAAAAUGCAAAUUCAAAUUCAACUGAUAUAAAGGACAAGUAUUGUAUUAA